CCGAUCCCGGAAGUGUGAGGCAGCAGCGAGAGGGAGCCUCAGCGUUCGGAAGGACGGCGUAGGGAAAACAGCGAGGAUGAAUAUCCUCCCGAAAAAGUCAUGGCACGUACGGAACAAGGACAACGUGGCCCGCGUGAGGCGGGACGAAGCGGAGGCCGAGGAGCAGCGGAGGAAGAAAGAGGCCCGAGUCCUGCUCGCGGAACAGGAGGCUCGAACCGAUUUCCUGCGCAAGAAAGCACGCCUCUCAGCCCCAGGAAGUCAUGACAAAGACUCAGAGCUGGUCCCUUUAAGCUUGGAAACACCCACAGGCCAUCUCAACCUAUUUCAAGAGUUGCAGGAGAGUGGUAACAAAGAAUAUGAGGAAGAGAAGAGAAAAGAAAAGGAGCGACAGGAAAAAGCUCUGGGCAUCCUCACGUACUUGGGCCAGAGCGCAGCAGAGGCCCAGACCAAUCGUCCUUGGUAUCAGGAGGCGCCUGAACGUGACAAAGCUGUUGUCAAGGAUGAGAAGCUGAAAGGAAAGCUGGACCCUCUUUUGGAAAUGGAGAAGCACUUGCGGAAGAAGAAAGGUUCCCACAAGAAAGAAGGAAAGAAAGAAAAAGAGGAACGUAGGGGGAAAGAGAAGGGAAACCUGGCUGUCAGGCCUACAUCUUCAUCUGCAUCAUCCCCUUUGGAGCAGCUCCGUCAGGAACGGUUGCGCCGUGAGAAGGCAGAGCGAGCGCGUGCCGAGUCUCUUUUGGCCCAGAGAGCAGGAACGCUCCAGCCCCAGGAAGCAGAAGAGGAGCAGGAUGACAGGAAACGUGGUUACAACUCCCAAUUCCACCCUCAGCUGGCAAGGAAGAGGGUCUGGGAACCACAGUGAGGUCGUCUGUCCCAGCUGUUAUCAGCGAGAUAAUCGCAAGGCAGUUUGUUGGGGAAAGGCUGCGUUUUUCCUUCUUGUAAGCUAUAGUAUGAAGAAAAAUGGAAACAUUAAAUCAUUUUUUUCUUCUGGAUAGCCUUUUGUGCUGGCUCUUGCAACAUACCACAUGGACACAUCAUCUGCAGGAGAGAGACUGGUGGGUUUUCUCACCUUAUCAACUCUAUAGAAAUGCAGUUUUAAUGUGGAUCUUUUAUAUAAAUAUUUGUAUUUGUUGAAUUUUUGCAAUGUUUGUGUUUUUUAAUUGUUGUUAUUACAUGCCAGGGAUGAUCUGCUCAGAGUAUUGUAUUGCUCCAUAACUGGCAUUUCAAAUAUGGAUUCCAACUUGGGUGACAAAUAUAAUAGGUGCAUAAUUAAUGGUUUUGAAUUUGAUUGUGCAGGUGAAGGAAACUCCCCCCAAAGGAUCCCACCAUUUCCUCUCCAUUUACCAGGUCCUCAGCAUUUGUUAAGAUCAGAUCCAUAAUAGAUGAUUGCUCUGUUGCUUCUUCCACCUUCUGGACAGUAAAAUUAUUUGCAAGAAAAGUGAGGAAUUUGUUGGACUUUGUCAGGAAAUAAAGCCCGACUGCUCAUUGGAGGGAAGGACAUUAGAGGCAAAGAUAAAGUACUUUGGUCACAUAAUGAGAAGACAGGAAAGCUUAGAGAAGUCAAUGAUGCUGGGGAAAAUGGACUCUGAAGGAGCUGGGGGUGGUGACGGCCAACAGCUCUGGCGCAGGCUGGUCCAUGAGGGCACUAAGAGUCGGAAGCGACUGAACGAAUAAACAAUUUAUGGCAGAGUUUGUUUUCCAACGCAUAUCAGAAUAGUUGAAAUCUCCCAUUAAUACUAUGUCUUUUCUUUCUGUAUGUUUGCUCAUCUGUUCAAGGAAGGCUUUAUCCAGGUUCUCAGUUUGGCUUGGAGGUCUGUAGUAGACCCCCACAACAUCUUUUACAGUUCUCGCUCCCUUAAUUCUUAUCCAGAUACUCUUAACCUGUCAGGAUUGAAGUCCUGUAUCUCUUCACAGGUGUAAACAUGCUUAACAUUUAAUGCUACCCCUCCAUUACUACAUUCCAAUUAUAGGACUCAUCCCACCAAGUUUCAGUGAUGCCUAUUACAUCAUAACUGUUUUGUUGUGCUAAGAGUCCCAAUUCAUCUUGUUUAUUCCCCUUAGCUGGUUAUUUUGAGAUUACUGUCCCCUCAUUGCUUGGUACUUGUUCUGUUUAUCAAACGCUCUCUUGAAUCUUUGGGCUCAAAGACCAAAUUGUUCAAAUAAAAAUCCUUUCUAAAUUUCCCAUUAUCUGGAGUUCCAGCAUAGGGCUUGUAUAUUUCAAAGAGAUCAGACAAAUUUCUAGAAUUCACAAAAAAAUAAUGAUUUUGUGCGGCCAAUAGACCAAAUGGCAUUUCUUGUCAGAAAUAUUAAAAAUUAACUGGGUAUUUUUGAUGGCAAAAGUGUGAGUCUAGCACUGAAAGUUAGUAGGCCAAAGCUAGCAUCACCCUAAGGAGAGUGAGUAGGCUGAAGCCCGUUUGUGUUAGUUUGCCUCAGUGAGGGAACACCUCAGUCUGUGUGAGGAGGCUUCUCUGCAUGGCUGGUCUCACAGUAUGCGGAAGGCGUGAUAUGAGAAAGCCAUGUGUGAGAAAAGCCUCAUGAGAGAAAGCUCCAGUGUGAAGGCUGCUGUGUGUAAAGCUACUAUGUAUUUGUUUAUUUCUGUUAUGGAAACCUAGUUAUUGUAAAUAGUACAACCAUAUUAUUUUACUAUAAAGAAAACUCUCCUAUGGAUGAGAUAA